AUGAUGGCCUUCCUCGACGGUCUCCUGACGCGCGCUAGCAAGUUCGGCAAGAGCCACGGCCUCCGCCCGCUCACGUCCAAGCGUGCCAACCGUCGUUUCUACAAGGGUAAGGGCUGCCGCAACGAAGGCGUCCACGCUAAGCUCGGUGGCUACCGCAUGGACCUCACCAAGAUGCUCGAGCUCGAAGUGCCGGACCUCACGGGCUUCAAGCUCAAGCCGUACGUCUCGCCACUUGUCUCGCGCGUGCCUCCGUCGGCGUCGUCGUAA